GGAAUUAACGACUGGCUGAUGAUCAAGGAGGUGACGAAAAUGAAGGUGCUCUGCGGUCUGCGUUUCGUACCGGCACCCGGAUUCACGGACUCGACAGACCCGCGCAUCAAGCAAAUAGUGCAGUCCCUGAGCUCAACGUAUGCCACGUUUGACGGCGCCGCCUUCAUGUGGAACUCCCCCGACACGAAGCAAGAGAUAAUGCUUUACGAGAAACUGCGCACCGACCUCGCUGGCGCUAACUACAAGAUUAUCGCCCACAUUUUACCAGCAUACCUCGACACCUACGAUUUCGCUAAUAUGAACAAAUACGUGGACACUAUCGUGGUUAAUACGCACGACUUUGCCGUAACUGGGCGAGCUUUUCCACCCUGCAUGUACGAACACGGUGGCAUCAUGGACGUUGUCGACAAAAACUUGCUGGAUGUCCUGCACCGCAUUCUAAUGGCGGCUCCAUUCCUGAGCACCAGGCUUGUGCCGUCCGUGUCGACUGUCGGCAAGAAGUACGUCUUCGAAGACGCGACGAAAACGAGCGUCGGUGACCGUGUCGACCUGACGAAGCCAGUGGAGGACUUUCCGCUCUUCAAACUUUGUCAAGAGAAGAAUUCAUGGACCAUGCAGCUGGAGAGCAAUACAAAAUGCGAGAUAGCCUUCAACGCCAAUAAGGAAUGGAUUGGUUUCGAGAGUCCCACGUCCGUCGCCUUCAAGACUGAGCUGGUGAAAAAGAAGCGUCUACUGGGCAUCGCCGUUGUCCACAUAGAACAGGACGACCUCGAAGCCUGCUCCAAUGACAAGAAGCCGUACUUGCUGAGUGCUGUGCACCGCGGGCUCCAUGUGCAUUAAGGGAGUAAAAUAACGAUGGCCGACUCCCACGUGCAUAUAACGAUAAGAAACUUUUGAAUAGCAGCAGGUUGUAUUUUCUCAUUCGUGGCGUGUUUUCGCUAAACGCAAGUUUCUGUCGUUAUUCACGAUACUAUUUACGAGUUGUUACCAAGGGACGAAAUGACAUGUGUACUCACACGUCCGCACAUAAAAUA